AUGGAGAUCUUAAUUUUCUUUCUCCUUGGACUCGGAGACAUCGGCAGGUUUACAAAUCUGGGCGCGCUGGUGCACGCCCAGGCUAAUGAACGCCGGGUCCUGGCCCACAUGCCCGGUGACAUUAUCAUCGGGGCCUUGUUUUCCGUGCAUCACCAGCCACCGGCCGACAAAGUCCACGAGCGGAAAUGCGGCGCGGUGCGCGAGCAGUACGGCAUCCAGCGCGUGGAGGCCAUGAUGCACACGCUGGACCGCAUCAACGCCGAUACCAACAUCCUGCCCAACAUCACGCUGGGCUGUGAGAUCCGGGACUCCUGCUGGCACUCAGCCGUGGCGCUGGAACAGAGCAUCGAGUUCAUCCGCGAUACCCUAGUUUCCACCGAGGAGGAAGAGAGCAUGUCCAAGUGCUCAGCCACCGGCGGAGGGACGCCCAUGAGAGGGAAGAAGCCCAUCGUGGGUCUCAUCGGGCCUGGGUCCAGCUCAGUGGCCAUUCAGGUGCAAAACCUGCUCCAGCUCUUCAACAUCCCGCAGAUCGCUUACUCCGCCACCAGUAUGGAUCUCAGCGAUAAGUCUCUGUAUAAGUACUUCAUGAGGGUCGUGCCUUCGGACGCCCAGCAGGCAAGAGCAAUGGUGGACAUCGUCAAAAGAUACAACUGGACUUACGUCUCGGCCAUACACACCGAGGGAAACUAUGGUGAAAGUGGAAUGGAGGCGUUUAAAGAAAUGGCAGCCAAGGAGGGCAUCUGCAUCGCGCAUUCGGAUAAGAUCUACAGCAACGCAGGGGAGCAGAGCUUCGACCGGCUGCUGGAGAAGCUGCGCAGCCACCUGCCCAAAGCGCGCGUGGUGGCGUGUUUCUGCGAGGGCAUGACUGUCCGGGGCAUCCUCAAGGCCAUGAGGCGACGGCGGCUGGUGGGCGAGUUUCUUCUGGUUGGCAGUGACGGCUGGGCCGACCGUUACGACGUGACGGACGGGUAUCAGAAAGAGGCGGCCGGUGGCAUCACCAUCAAACUCCAGUCCGCUUACGUCACCUGGUUCGACGACUACUACUUAAACCUGCAGCCAGACACGAACCAGCGCAAUCCGUGGUUCCCCGAGUUCUGGCAACACAGGUUCCAGUGUCGGCUGAGGGGUCACCCACAGGAGAACGCCAAAUACAACCGGACCUGCACCAAAAAGGAAUCUCUCCGUCUCCACUACGCUCAGGACACCAAGAUGGGCUUCGUCAUAAACGCCAUCUACAGCAUGGCCUACGGUCUGCACGCCAUGCAGAAAGCCCUGUGUCCGAGCUACAUGGGUCUGUGCGACGCCAUGAGACCCAUCGACGGCCGGAAGCUGCUGGAAUUCCUCAUGAGGACCAAUUUCACCGGGGUUUCAGGAGAGGUGGUGCUUUUUGAUGAGAACGGGGACUCACCCGGGAGAUACGAGAUCAUGAACUUUAAGCAGAUGAGUAAAGAAGACUACAGCUACACGUACGUCGGCAGCUGGGACAACAGCGGUCUGAAGAUGGACGAUGAUGAGAUUUGGGCCAACAGCAGCACCAUCAUCCACUCCGUUUGCAGCGACCCCUGUGAGAAAGCUCAGAUCAAGGUGAUCCGGAAGGGCGAGGUUAGCUGCUGCUGGACCUGUACUCCCUGUAAAGAGAACGAGUACGUCUUCGAUGAGUAUACCUGCCGGGCCUGUGAGCUGGGAUCAUGGCCGACAGACGACCUGACAGGUUGUGAGCCCAUACCCGUGCAUUAUCUGCAGUGGGGAGACCCUGAACCCAUCGCCGCUGUGGUCUUCGCUUGCCUCGGUCUUCUCGCCACCAUCUUCGUAACCCUGGUAUUCGUCAGGUUUCAUGACACGCCGGUUGUGAAAUCCUCCAGCCGAGAGCUUUGCUUCAUCAUCCUGGCUGGCAUCUGUCUGAGCUAUCUCUGCACCUUUUGCCUCAUCGCAAAGCCACACAUCGCGUACUGCUACCUACAGAGACUGGGCAUCGGCCUCUCCCCCGCCAUGAGCUACUCCGCUCUGGUCACCAAGACCAACCGCAUCGCCCGGAUCCUGGCCGGCAGCAAGAAGAAGAUCUGCACCAAGAAGCCUCGCUUCAUGAGCGCCUGCGCUCAGCUAAUCAUAGCGUUCAUUCUCAUCCUCCUCCAGCUGGCCAUCAUAGUGGCGCUUUUCAUCAUGGAGCCACCUCGGGUGAUUUACGAUUACCCGUCCAUCCGCGAGGUGCACCUCAUUUGUCACACCACCACGCUGGGCGUCGUGGCGCCGCUGGGCUACAACGGAUUACUGAUCCUCAGCUGCACCUUCUACGCUUUCAAGACUCGUAACGUCCCCGCCAACUUUAACGAGGCCAAGUACAUCGCCUUCACCAUGUACACCACCUGCAUCAUCUGGCUGGCCUUCGUGCCCAUCUAUUUCGGAUCCAACUACAAAAUCAUCACCAUGUGCUUCUCGGUCAGUCUCAGUGCCACCACGGCGCUGUGCUGCAUGUUCGUGCCGAAGGUCUACAUCAUGCUGGCCAAGCCCGAACGCAACGUGCGCAGCGCAUUUACCACGUCCACGGUGGUACGGAUGCACGUGGGCGACGGCAAGUCUGCUACGUCCGCCAGCCGCUCCAGCAGUCUGGCCAAACUGUGGAAACGCCGGGGCUCGGGGACGGACAACGUCAGCUCUAACGGCAAAACGGUCACAUGGGCCCAGAAUGAGAGAGGCUACCGGCCGAACCUGUGGAAACGCAUCUCCAUCCACAUCAAGAAGAAAGAGGAGAUCAACCAGACCGCCAUCAUCAAACCCUUCUCCAAAGGUUGUGAUGCACCUCCAGACACUGGUGUAAAAGUGUCUUAUGAUCGUCCACAGAGCGGUCAGCGCUAUCCUGUAACCUACCGCCCAUGUACGCCCUCUCCACUGCCCACGGUUUGCCAGCACGCUUCACUGCAGCGCCGCUGCGAGGACGAGCCUGUUCCGGUGGUGGCGCUGCCCUCGUACCUGACCGAGCACCUGCAACAAGCAGGCCCUCAUCAGACGUCCAUCAUGGACCAGAUCAGCAGUGUGGUGAAUCGUUUCACAGCCAACAUCAGCGAGCUGAACAGCAUGAUGCUGCCGGCCGGCUCCUCCUCGGCCGGCGUUGUCAACACCUCCGGCCCCUGCUCGCCGUCCUUCAAGCUGCUCCCGUGUGAGAUUCAGCGGCCCACGCUGGUCACCACGUACGCCGAGGUGGUCGCUGCUGCCAAUGCCACCCCGUGCUCAGCAGUGGGCAUAGCAGGAGGCAUAAUGACCAGUGGGAGCAACCGGGCGUCCGCCGCCAGUCUCUCCAACAGCACCUACGGCUCCUCGUUUGCGGUCAGGACCUCUGACUUGGAGGAGCUGGCCGCCCUAACACCCCCGUCCCCGUUCAGGGACUCGUCGGUGGGAUCGGACAGUGACUCCCCCGCGUGCCCAGACUCAGAGCUGGCUCUGUGUGAGGCCAGAUCCUCAAAUUAUGACCGACUAAUGCUGCGUAAUUACAGCCAGAGCUCCUCCUCACUAUAAACUGACCACACGGGGUGUGCGGGCAUUUCAAACGUUGUUUUAAUAUCAGGUUCUACUGCGCUGCUCUCGCCGAACGGA